AUGACAUCUCCUUCCAUCCUGCUUCCGGGAGACCAUGUCCCCUCCGAUGUGCUCCCCUCGACCACGUCCGCUCCCUUGAGGAUUGGACCAGGGCUGCGCUUGCUAUAUCAGCAGCAGGAGCCUCAAUCGAAGACUUCACCUUCCGCCCACGCCAUCAGCGCAACUCAUGCCGGCUUAUUAUCCGUUGAUCAGAAACGAAAUGCGAUCUCUGUUCUUUCGUUCCCAAAUCGUCGCUACAUUCCCACCCCCAACGAUUUGGUGAUUGCACAAGUCCAUCAUACCAGCCAGGAUUACUUUCACUGCAUCCUUACCCCACAUACACCUCAUGCUUUAUUGGGACUACUUGCUUUCGAGGGUGCGACAAAGAAGACAAGGCCGAUGCUCAAGCAGGGUGAAUUAGUCUAUGCCCGCGUUCUCUCCGUUGGUGUCGGUGCUGGAACCGAAAUCGAGCUGACCUGCGUCAAUCCUGCGACCGGCAAGGCUGAGCCUGGAGGCUUGGGGCCGUUAACGGGAGGCAUGCUAUUCGAUGUCUCAACAGGGUUGGCCGCGAGGCUGAUGAAAGCGAGCUCCUCAUCUGCAGAAGGCGCUGCAGGCGUGGUUAUACUUGAUGAAUUUGGAAAGAAGCUGGAGAGUAAGGGAGGCUUUGAAGUAGCCGUAGGGAGAAACGGCAAGGUCUGGGUCGACUGUUCCGGGAGCGGAGAUAUCGCUGUCAAAGCUACAAUAGCUAUCGGGCGUUGCUUGAGGGAAAUGGAUGAACGCAAUCUAGAUCCAAAUGAGCAAAGAAAGUUAGUAUCAAAGGUCCUACGAGAAAUGAAGAUUGAUGUUUAA